ACGCUUGGCUCAUCGUGUUGGUUCCCGUCCCAGUUGUUGAUCGUAUGCAAGACGCUGCAGGACCCCGCGCCCGCUUGUCGCCACUGCGCUUGAGGCAGCCGGAGAUACUCUGAGUCCCCUGGAGCCCGACGUCUGAGGGUGAGAUGAACGCGCUGGCCUUCCUAACCGUCAGGACCUGUGAUCGCUUCUGGCAGACCGAGCCGGCGCUCCUGCCCCCGGGGUGACGCGCAGCCCCCCACCGCCCAGACACAUGGCCCCAGGCCAAGCACCCCAUCAGGCUACCCCAUGGAGGGAUGCCCACCCUUUCUUCCUCCUGUCCCCAGUGAUGGGCCUCCUCAGCCGGGCCUGGAGCCGCCUGAGGGGCCUGGGACCUCCAGAGCCCUGGCUGGUGGAGGCAGUAAAAGGAGCAGCUCUGGUAGAAGCUGGCCUGGAGGGAGAAGCUAGGACUCCUCUAGCAACCCCCCAUACCCCUUGGGGCAGACACCCUGAUGAGGAGGCUGAAGAAGGUGGAGGCCCUGGAGAGAACAGAGAGACACUGGGCCUGAAAACCAGCAGUUCCCUUCCUGAAGCCUGGGGACUUUUGGAUGAUGAUGAUGACAUGUAUAGUGAGCGAGAAGCAGCCAGUGUCCCUAGAGGGCAGGGAAGUCAAUUUGCAGAUGGCCAACCUGCUCCCCUGUCUCCCAGCCUUCUGAUAAGGAGGCUGCAAGGUUCUGAUAAGAACCCAGGGGAGGAGAAAGCUGAGGAAGAGGGAGCUGCUGAAGAGGAGGGAGUUAACAAGUUCUCUUAUCCUCGAUCACACCGGGAGUGUUGUCCAGCAGUGGAGGAAGAGGACGAUGAAGAAGCUGUAAAGAAAGAAACUGGCAGAACCUCUACUUCUGCCUUGUCUCCAGGAUCCAAGCCCAGCACUUGGGCAUCUUGCCCAGGGGAGGAAGAGAAUCAAGCCACGGAGGACGAAAGAAGAAUAGAAAAAAGUAAAGGAGCCAGGAAGAACUCCGUGUCCCCCCCAUCUUCAGGCUCCAACCCCAGGGCCUGGGAGUAUCGUUCAGGAGAGGUGUCCGAGGAGAAGGAGGAAAAGGCACACGAAGAAGCUGGGAAAGGAGAAACUGCCCCAGGGCCACGCUCCUCACCCCCAGCCCAGAGGCCCCAGCUCAAGUCCUGGUGGUGCCAACCCAGUGAUGAAGAGGAGGGUGAGGUCAAGAUUUUGGGGGCAGCUGAGAAGGAUGGAGAAGCUGAGUGUCCUCCCUGCAUCCCCCCCUCAAGUGCCUUCCUGAAGGCCUGGGUGUAUUGGCCUGGAGAGGACACAGAGGAAGAGGAAGAUGAGGAAGAAGAUGAGGACAGUGACUCUGGAUCAGAUGAGGAAGAGGGAGAAGCUGAGGCUUCCUGUUCCACUCCUGCUACAGGUAUCUUCUGGAAGUCCUGGGUGUAUCGGCCAGGAGAGGACACAGAGGAGGAGGAAGAUGAGGACAGUGAUACAGGAUCAGCUGAGGAUGAAAGAGAAGCUGAGAUUUCCACUUCCACACCCCCUGCAAGUGCUUUCCUGAAGGCCUGGGUGUAUCGGCCAGGAGAGGACCCGGAGGAGGAGGAAGAUGAGGAUGUGGGUAGUGAGGAUAAGGAAGAUGAUUCAGAAGCAGCUGUGGGAGAAGCUGAGUCAGACCCACAUCCCUCCCACCUGGCCCAGAGUGCCCACUUCAGGGGCUGGGUAUACCGACCUGGAAAGGAGACAGAGGAAGAGGAAGCUGCUGAGGACUGGGGAGAAGCUGAGCCCUGCCCCUUCCGAGUGGCCAUCUAUGUACCUGGAGAGAAGCCACCACCUCCCUGGGCUCCUCCUAGACUGCCCCUCCGACUACAAAGGCGGCUCAAGCGCCCAGAAACCUCUACCCGUGAUCUGGACCCCGAGACUCCCCUAAAGGCCAGAAAGGUGCAUUUCUCCGAGAAGGUCACUGUCCAUUUUCUGGCUGUCUGGGCAGGGCCGGCCCAGGCCGCCCGCCAGGGCCCCUGGGAGCAGCUUGCUCGGGAUCGAAGCCGCUUCGCACGCCGUAUUGCCCAGGCCCAGGAGGAGCUGAGCCCCUGCCUCACCCCUGCUGCCCGGGCCAGAGCCUGGGCACGCCUCAGGAACCCACCUUUAGCCCCCAUCCCUGCCCUCACCCAGACCUUGCCUUCCUCCUCUGUCCCUUUGUCUCCAGUCCAGGCCAUGCCCUUGAGCCAAGCUGUUGCCACACCCUCCCCCUCCUCUCCUGGUGCAGCAGCGGCUCCCCUGGACCUCAUUGGGAGGCGUGGCUAAGACCAACUGGUUUGCCUAUAAUUUAUUAACUAUUUUUUCUAAGUGUGGGUUUAUAUAAGGAAUAAAGCCUUUUGAUUUGUAGC